AUGUCUUCCCAAGAUUACGAUACAGCUCCUACAACAGAUGGUGCUACACAAGAUAUACAGGUUACUUUAUCUGAUACAGUGAUAUCUUCUGCAAAUGAAGCUACAACUGUCAAUACAAAUAACGAAUCCAUCGAAAAUUUAACUUCUACAACAACCACAUCUGAUACUGGAACAAUAGGGCUUGAGAGUAAUAAAAAUUCUGAUAAAAUUGGUAUCUUCACUGGUCUCUCAUUCUAUAUUCCUACGGAGAAGACAGCUUACGAUUCUACGCUCACAAUUGAGCAAUUAAAAGACUCCCUAAUUAACAAUAAUGCUAUCAUUUUGAACCAAUUGCCCUCUCAAGACUCUGUCGAUUCUUUUGUUAUCUGUCCCUACAACAACACAGGUAUCAGUACGCUUUCACCCACAUAUAUCAAGGAAUGUAUCAAUGCUAAUACCCUUUUAGAAAAAGAUCAAUACUUAAUUCCCUUUAGUAAUGCCACCUCUACUACUGCUUCCCAGUCCAAUUUACUUACGAUAUCUGAUAAAGUCAAGUCGACACCUUCUACAACCUCAGUAUAUGGCUCUACUCGGGUACUGCUUUCAAAACCAAAUUUGACCUCCUCAUCUCAUUCAAAGGCUUCCUUCACAGAAGAGGAAGAUGAAUUUAUUUUAGAUAUUGUAAGGAAAAAUCCAACAAGACGCACUACACAUACAUUAUUUGAUGAAAUUGCACACUACGUAACAAAUCAUACGGGGAAUUCUAUUAGGCAUAGGUAUAGAGUAUAUCUUUCCAAACGAUUGGAAUACGUUUAUAUGGUUGAUUCGAACGGGAGAUUGAUAAAAGACCCAAAGACCGGUGAUCUAAUUAAAACAAAAACAUUACCCCCUUCUUUAAAAAGAAAGUUCACAGCUCAAGAAGAUUAUCAAUUGGCAAUUGCUUUAAAAAAACAAUUUUAUAAAGAUAUAUCAAUCUUAGCAAAUGAACAAGAACAAAGCUCCAUACCAAGCUUUGAAGAUUAUCGUGUUGGAGUACGUAGAGGGCCAGUAGCAAGAGAAUUUUUUAAGACAUUUGCUGAUUCAAAUGUGACUCACACAGAAAAUGCUUGGAGAGAUCGUUUUAGAAAAUUUUUAAUCCCUUACGGAAUUGAUAAUUAUAUUCAAUAUUAUGAAUCAUCAAUUACAAAUGGUACAACCCCCGAACCAAUGAAAAAUCUAACGAAUCGUAGUAAAAGAUCUGCCCAACAAAGAGACAACGCUUUUUCAUUAUCCACUCCACAAGAAUCAAAAUCAAACUCUAUACCUGGAAACUUCAAUAAUCAAGCAAAGAGACAAAGAAUAUAUGAAACUUUGGUUUCAGGUGCAGAAGUUGCUGCUGCUGCUGCUGCUGCCACUGCAAAUGCAACAGCUAAUGCAAAUGCAAACUCAACAGAUUUCAUUGACGCUGAUACAAUGAAUUUCAUCUCUCAAAUAGGGGAAUCUAUUUCAAAACAAGAGCAAGCAAAUACGAUAUCGGAUGAUAAUAUAGAUAUUAAAUCCAAAAUAGAUGAGCCAGAUUCAAAUACAGAUGAUGAUUCAGAUUCUUCAAAAGAUUCUCAAUUAGACUACUCUGAUAAAGUUGCUAAAUCAAUUAGAGCACGCUUCUUAAAAGAAUCAGAAACAUUACCACCUAUUCUCCCAAGUUCUAUUGAAUUCCCACCAUCUAUAGCAACAACAGACUUAUUCUUGCCAACUUUCUUUAACUUAGGCUCCACUGAAGAAUUUAACAAUAGAUUGAAUGAUAUCAUCACAAGAUCUUAUGAACCUACAGAUGCAGAACAAUUGGUACAAAUCCUGGCUAAUGAACUAGGGAUCAGAAAGAGUUUCAGUACAAAGAUCCUUACCUGUCUUUCAGGUGAUCUAAUGAUGUUCCCAAGAUAUUUCAUGCAUAUGUUUAGAGACUCAGUGAAUCCUCCAGGACAUUUACCUGGGGUUUGGACUGAGGAAGAUGAUGAACUUCUAAGAAAUGGAGAUCCGGAUGAUCUAGAAGAAUUAAGACAAAAACAUGGUGAAGGUAGAAUAGAAUUAAGAAGAAAAUUCAUUGAUAGAGAUUUGAUUUGA